AAGUGCAUCUUCACCCUGACUGUCCAGGAGAAACCCUUCCCUCCGGAGUUUGUGAUCAAACCCAAGUCUACCACAGUGGAGGAGGGGCAGGAGGCAGUGUUUGAUGUGCAGGUGGACGGAGAACCGCAGACCUAAAGUGAUGUGGCUGAAGGAUGAAGAAGAGAUAGUCCACACCAGGAAGCAUCAGAUCAUCGAUGAUGGAGACCGUCACUCGCUGGUCAUCCCUACAGCCGCAGUCAGCGAUGCAGGGCAGUACACAUGUAAGGUCAUCAACUCUGAAGGAGAGGAGACCUGCGACUUCAACUUCAAUGUGAACAAGAAGCCGUGCCCACCUGAGUUCCUGACCAAACCUCGGUCUGGUAUCAUUGACGAGGGAACCAACCACAGCUUCGAGUGUGAGCUGGGAGGAGAGCCGCUGCCUGUUGUCACGUGGCACAAGGAGGGUAAACAGCUGUCCCAGGACGAGCGGAUCAGGAUCAGAACUGAGGAGAACAAGGCCUUCCUGAGUCUCCUCCCCACAGAGAUGGCCGACAGCGGAAAGUGGAGCAUCAUCGCCAAGAACGUCCGCGGGCAGAAGAAAUAUGAGUUCACCCUCUCCAUCAGGGAGGUCCCAGUUCCCCCAGAGUUUGUGAAGACUCCAGAGUCCCUGACUAUAGAUGAGGGAGAAGCUGCAGAGUUUGUGUGUGAGAUCACAGGGAAGCCUGCUCCUAUGGUAAACUGGUACAAAGACAACACCCAGGUGAAACAGGACGCCCGCCACACCGUCUCCACUGAGGGAACCGUCUACUCACUCGACAUCAAACCUGCUCUUAUUACAGACAAGGGAAACUACAAGGUUGUAGCCCGAGGUGCGAAUGAGCAGCAGACCAGUGAGUUUAAGCUGACGGUGAGGGAGAAGUUCUCACCUCCGACCUUCCCCAAGGCCCCGCAGGACAUCACAGCUGACGUCGGCAAACCCAUCAAGGUCACGGUCGAGAUCAAGGGAGAACCCAAACCAUCAGUGAAAUGGACCAAGAAGGACAAGAAGACCACCAAGGUUCUUGAGGGAGGAGACAGUUAUAGUAUCACGUCUUCAGGUAACAAGUACACACUCGAGAUCCCGUGUGCCGACUUCAAGGACUCUGCUGAGUACACCAUUGAGGCAAGCAACAUCCGAGGGUCUGUCUCCAAGUCAUUCAAGAUAGAUGUUGUGGAAGUGAAGGUUCCUCCAGAGUUCCUGAAGAAGCCCAAAGAACAGACAGUUAUGGAGGGAGACACAGUGGAGUUCAGCUGUGAGGUGGAUGGGGACCCUGAACCACAAGUGAUCUGGUCCAAGGACAGCCGGCCCAUCCAUGAGGGCGGCCAGUUCUCCAUCACUACUGUAGACUACAGCUCUACCCUGGAGAUCUCUAAUGUCAGCCUUGACAACAAGGGCACGUAUGUGUGCACCAUCCGUAACAAGCACGGAGAGCAGAAGUGCAGCGCUGGGCUGACCGUCGAGGAGAAGCCCUUCCCUCCGGAGUUCCUCGAGCCGCCAGCCUCCCAGACUGUGGAGGAGGGCAAGAGUGCCAAGUUCUCCUGUGAGGUGGAUGGAGAGCCUGCUCCUAAAGUUUCUUGGGCUAAGGAUGGCCGAACGCUCCAGCAAGGUAAGCGGUACAGGAUCUCGAGCGACGAGUUCUCAUCCACGCUGGAAAUCCCAACAGUUCUGGUCACCGAUGGCGGCUCCUACGCCUGUGUGCUGGAGAAUGCUGAGGGCAGAGUCACAGAGGAGUUCACUCUCACCGUACAGGAGGGAGAGCACAAGGAGAUCACACAGGACCAGCUGCAAUCUCUGCUGAGUUCCAUUGACAGUGGUUCCACAGAAGAUACUGACAUGUUUUACAGCAUCGAUGAGGCCUCUCCUCCUGAGUUCAAGUCUGAGCUGAAAGACAUAGUUUGCAAAGAGGAUGAGGAGGUAGUGUUCUCCUGUACAGUGAUGGGAGCUCCGGACCCUCAGAUCUCCUGGUACAAGGACGGCAAAAACAUCAAACCUUCCAAGUACUUCAAGAUGUCUUACGACGGGGAAACGGCUGAACUUACGUUAGACGGAGCUUUUCCUGAAGACUCGGGAGUCUAUACCUGUACAGCAAGGAACCCAGCUGGGGACGUGUCUAAAUCUGCAAAACUCACUGUUAAAGAACUUGGUUCCCCCCUGAAGAGAGGAGUUUCUGAGGAAGAGGAUGUGUCUGCCGGACCAAGCCCCCCUAAGUUCAGCCGUCCCCUGCAGGAUGAGGUGUGUGAGAGGAACAGCAUUGCACAGCUGACAUGUAAGGUGUCAGGCAACCCCAAACCUAGGGUGACUUGGAUGAAGGGAGACACAGUGCUCACAGAAGGCGACCGUUACGAGAUUUUCGAGGAGAAGGGCAGUUUCAAUAUGGAGAUCUACGACACGUUGCCUAGCGACAGCGGAACCUACACCUGUGUGGCCUCCAACGCUCACGGAACGGUCAGGUGCAGCGCUGAACUGCUCAUAGCUGAUGGCGAUGAGCUUGAGGCUGCAGAGGAAGAUCGUGAGGGAAUGUUCGCGAGAAAACCUCUCCCACCAGACGAAGCGGAGGAAGAGGAGCUCAGCUCAGAGAGCACAGCCGCCACCGUCACCGAGUCCCACGCCUUCUCGGAAGACCAGGAGGUGAGGACCACACGUGUGCCUUCCAUCGUCUCACCUGUCCAUCGUGUGCCUCCAUCUGUCGCAGGUGAUGAUGCUUCACCUGUGUUACACGGGACAGGUGUUGCUGAGAAGGGUGUGCCUGAUGAAGCACUGCAUGCUGGAGUGGCCAAGCCCACAAAACCGGCCGCUAAGCCGAAAUCGGCCCGAGCACAGAAGGGGCCUUCGCAUGCCAGGGUGGUAGUUUUAGACGAGUCGUCAGGCAGGCUCGACCUCGAUGACAACGAGCCUGAGGAUUCAGAACUGCAUGCUGGGAAGGUUUUGUUCACCGCAGAACGAGGUAAACCCUCUUCUUCACGAAUCAGACCCGACGAACUUGUCACCCGUCAUGACGACGACGACCAAUCAUUCGUUCAUUCCCAGCCAAAACAGCUACUAACCCCAUCCUUGACAACCUCCACCUCGCCAUGUCAAGACACACAUAUGCAUGCCUCUCUCUCCCAAGGUGGACAACUAGAGAGGCCAGGACUGCACAGAGUAGACCAGGAGGGCACUAGCGACGAUUUCCACACAGAUGAAGACGCAGACAUCUCCGUAGAUGAUACAGGCAGAGUUGUAGGUUCCACUGCAGGCAGUGGCAAUCUCGACACAGACGUAGAUACAAGGAAUGCAGCAGAGUCUAAAAAACCAGACAGUGGCUUAAGACGAAGCACGUCUAAAGACUUGGAUGUAGACAUUGACACUGAGCAUGAAGUUUACACCAGACCCUCAGCAGGACUCAAAGUGAUGCAGAAAUCUUCCGUACAGGAACACACAAAGAAAGCAGACAUUGACAAUGAACUUGAGUAUCCAAAACCAAGAAAAACUGUAGAAGAUGUUGACAGACCUCCAAAGCCAGAGAAAGACGAUGACAAAAUGAGAAAACAGCCUACAGAUGGUUUAGAGAUAGAAUUGGACUCAGAAAAAGAAGUGUACCCCAGAACGUCAUCAGAUCACAAGCCUGGAACAAUCUCAGGCCUCCGAAUGACAACAAAACUAGAGGAGGAGGAGUAUCCACAAAUGGUGCACACAAACGACCUGGAAAUACACAUGUCUGCUCAACGGGAGACCUACCCCAAACCUGCCAAGGCAACCAUCAUCACAGACAGAACAACGCUUGAAAAACUGACAAAGAGUGAAGAUCGUAAGUCUGAAAAUGGUUUGGAUGUCAGACCAUCCAAAGCACUGAAGGACAAAGAGUCAGCCAAUUCAGCAGAUGACUUAGAAAUACAGCUUGACUCGGAAAGGGAGGUUUACCCCACUAGGGUAACACCGAGAACAACAUAUGAGGAAUCAACAAUGAGUGCAGAUCGUGAGUCUGAAAAUGGUUUAGAUCACAGACCAUCAAAAGAGCUAGAAGAGGAGUCACCCAAGUCACCAAAGCUUACAGACAAUGUGGAAGUACAGCUGGACUCACAAAGAGAGGUGUAUCCCACCAGAAUAACACCGAGAACAUCAUAUGAAGAAUCGACAAAGAGUUCAGAGGAGGAACCAGAAAGAACCAAGUCAUCCAAGCCAGAAGAUGAUCUGGAAAUACAGUUGGAUUCACAAAGGGAGGUUUAUCCAACAAGAAUAUCACAGAGAGCAACUUACGAAGAAUCAACAAAGAGUGCAGACAAAGAGCCAGAAAGAGGUUUGGGUUUCAAAACAUCAACAAAACUUGAGAAAGAAGAAUAUCCACAGAAGUUGCCAAAGCCAAAAGAUGACCUGGAAAUAGAGUUGGACUCACAAAAGGAGGUGUGUCCCACUAGGGUAACACAAAAAACAACAUAUGAGGAAUCAACAAAGAGUUCAGAUGAGGAACCAGAAAGAAGAGGUUUGGGUCUCAGAACAUCAACAAAACUUGAGGAAGAAGAAUAUCCACAGCAGUUGGCGAAACCAACAGAUGAUCUGGAAAUUCAGUUGGAUUCACAAAGGGAGGUCUAUCCCACAAGAAUAUCACAGAGAGCAACUUAUGAAGAAUCAACAAAAAGUGCAGAGGAAGAGCCAGAAAGAGGUUUGGGUCUUAAAGUGUCAACAAAACUUGAAGAAGAAGAGUAUCCACAAAAGCUGCCCAGGCCAACAGACAACUUGGAAAUAGAGUUGGAUUCACAAAAGGAGGUUUAUCCAACAAGAAUAUCACAGAGAUCAACUUAUGAAGAAUUAACAAAAAGCGCAGAGGAAGAACCAGAAAGAGGUUUGGGUCUCAAAGUGUCAACAAAACUGAAGGAAGAAGAGUAUCCCCAAAAGACAUCCAAGCCAACAGAUGUUACUGCACAAAUUGAAACAUCUCAUGAAGAUUCUCCCACUUCCACAGAUGGUAUGAAGAUCUCACAGAAAACAUCCUAUGAAGAAUCUACACCAAGGGUAGCUUCAGAUGCACACAAGCCUGGCUAUGAUCUAGAAAUCCAAAGGAAAUCAGAGAAAGAGGAUACAGAGAUCAAGCCAUUCACAAAACCUGGAAUAACACAGAAGACUGACUAUACUGAAUCAUCAAGAGGCACUCACGACCGUGAGCAGCAGAAGAAAGAGUCUGCACAACAGGAGCAAGAUGUCACAAUGAGAGAGAGAAUCCUACAGGUUGAACCAUCUAAAGAGACACAGAUAGAACCCACCAUUCAAACAGCCGCAAGUCCAAAACCAAAAGAACAGGCAGAGGGCAUGUCAGCAUUAACCAAGGAGUCUACAGCAGACUUGGAAGCAGAGGACAAAUUUGAAGAUGCUGAGGAAUCGCAAGUUCCAUCAACUCAGACUCUCUCCGGAGAGAGAUCCAUUCCUUUAGGUAGAGAAAGCAUGACUGAUGCUGCAACAUUUAAAGCAAUAACACCUGAUGCUGACAAAAGCAGCAGCACAGUCAGUACUCCUUCAGUACUGGGUGAAGCUGAGUUGCAUGACGAAGACAUGAGUCCGUACGUGUCUGCUGAUGAAGAGCAGACUGCAUCUGACCAGCAUAUUCCCACCACGCCAUCUGAUCAUGUAACACCAUCCACAGAAUCAGUCCCAUCAUCUCAUCAGAAACCAUCUGCCAUCACACCACUGACAUCAAAGUCUGAGGAUAAGGAUAUUUCAGUGACAUUUAAGGGUAAACAGGAGCCUCUUCCAGGGGAGGGGCAGAGACAAACUGACACUGAUGUUAGCUUUGAGCAGCAAAGAGAGCCAUCCUUCCAGAUUCGGGGUAAAGGUAGGACUGAAACACAAGAGCAAAGAGAGGACAGGGCAGCUGUUGGUAGCCUGGAAGGACAAGAAAUUUCUUUCAAGCUAAAAGGUGACGGUAAACAGCUGGAGGUGGUGGGCCUUCCACAGCUAGAAUCGGGACAACCUGGAACCAUCACGUUGUCAUCACCUGAGGAAGUAAGUACAUCUUUCUCGGAGCAACAAACUGAAAGAGAACAAAGGUUACAACCAGGCAGAGCUACAGAAGCAGAUUCAAGAAGAGAAAGAUCUCACACCAGCAGCAGUGAAGCUUCAGAAGAUCUGGAAAGUUCCACCGAGGUUGAGGCUCUCUUCAAAGUACCGAUGCAGCGGAGGACAAGCGGUGAGCUCAUUUUCGACAGCAGAGAACGCCUGAUGCAAAAGGCAGAAACCGUUCUGUCAUCCCUCGCGGAAAAGGGACUUCAACACGUUGCAAAAAUACAGAGCAAAAGAAGGGCUGACGACGCAGAUGGGCAAAAACUGCUGGAUGAUGAGGUGGCCAGGGCAAUGCAGGAGGACUCCAAGCCUGCUGAGGUCAACGUAGCCGUGGGACAACGGGUCGAGCUCAAGGCAGAGAUUCCAGGAAACCCCAGAAUACGAUGGCUGCACAACGGUAUGGAGGUCACAGACACCAAGUUCUCCAAGUACCUGACAACAGGAGACAUCCACAUCCUGGCUCUGUCUAAGGUCGGACCAGAACAUGCAGGUGUGUUUACCUGUGAGGCGACUACUUCAGACGGCAUCGUGACCUGUGACAUCAUCAUCAAGGUCGAGGAGCCCAAGGAGCCGGCCGAGACGCCCAAGACGCAGGUCAAGGAAGGUCACAGGGUGGAACUCAAGGCUGAGAUUCCAGAUAGCAGAAGAAUAGAGUGGCUCCUAGAUGGCCGGCUUAUCCAGGAGACAGAAGACCGUCGGUACAGCUCCUUUGGCAACAUGCACAGCCUGACCAUCAUCAGCGUGAAACCAGAGGAUGCUGGGACGUACACCUGUGUUGCCAUGACGCCCAGGGGAGAGGUCACCUGUAACAUCAAACUGGAGGUCGAGAAGGGUCAGGAGGUCAUCAAGAUGGUUGAGCUGGACCAAUCACUACAGAGCCAGGAACUGAAGCUACCAGAAGAGCCCUGCACACAGCCUACAACACUGGACGUACUGGAGGGGCAGGAGGUCACACUCAGGGCAGAGGUGCCAGACGAUGCUGAUGUCAGGUGGCUGUUUAACGACCAGGAGAUCACCAACACCGAGUCCAUCCUGGUGUCCGACACAAAACACACCUCCACUCUCACCAUCCGUAAGGUCCUACGGGAGUUUGAAGGGACGUAUACCUGCAUCGCUACUACUCCUCAUGGCACCGGCCGCUGCCAGAUCAUCCUGCAUAUCAUUCCCUCCUCACCACCGCAUGCUACAAGUUCUACGAGGAAGCAGGUUGUCCGCACACAGGAGCUGACGUUCAGAGUGCCCAUGUUACUUAUGGAGAGGUCCACUGCACCGGGUACUAUAGACAUACAGGAGGGGCAGGAGCUCAACAUACGGGCUGAGAUUCCAGGAAAACCUGACAUCACUUGGCUGUUCAAUGGUAAAGAACUGAAGCCCUCUGAUGAUGUACAGUUUGGAGUAGACAAGGAUGUGUACAUGCUGACAGUCACAAAAGUCACCCGCCACUGGUCUGGCACCUUCACCUGCAUUGCAAAGACUCCCAGUGGGAAAACCGUGUGUGACAUCGUGGUCAAUGUGAAGGAAGCUCCGGACCAGCAUCUAGAGAUGGAGAAGACUCUGGAAACAGAAGGGGCAGAGGUCCAGAUGCAGCAGUGGCGGCUGAGGUCUCCUGUGCAGACCACCCAGCCCUCUCCUGCUGUGGCACAGUUUGAAGUCAGGGAGGGACAAGAAGUCACUCUCAGGGCUGAGAUACCAGAUCCUUGGAGCCCACAUGGAGGCCAGGCAGACAUCGUGUGGAUGUUUGAGGGGAAAGAGCUGACUGAGUCUGAGAACAUCAGCUUCUCUUCUGACGGCGACGUCCACAUCCUAAAGAUCAACAGCGUUACCAGCGAUUUCUCAGGAAAGUUCACCUGUGUAGCAAAGACCGACCACGGUGCUGCCACCUGUGACAUCCUGCUGACAGUCGGCCCCCCCACCCUGACUCAGAAAACAACCGAGCUGUUACAGAUCCAGAAACCCGCCGCACAGACUCCGCCGCAGUUCUUCGAGGUAAAGGAAGGACAGGAAGUCAACCUAAGAGCUGAGGUACCAGGGAGCAAGUCAGUGAAGUGGUUCUUCAACGGAAAACCGCUGUCGAAAUCCGACCAGGUGACCUUCUUCUCCGAAUACGACAUCCACACCUUAAGAAUCACCAAGGUAACCAAGGAGUGGGCGGGGACGUUCACCUGCAGCGCCGAAACAGAGACGGGAGAAACCAAGUGUGACAUCGUGCUGAGCAUCAAGGACAGUGACCUGGCCAUGAGGACAGAGUCCAGGAUUGCCAAGGAGAUGCAGGUUACCAGCCAGGUUGUGAGAAAAGACACAGGAGCUUCCACAGAGGUCACAGUCAAGGAAGGACAGGAGGUCACUUUACAGGCUGGCAUCCCUGGUAACUACACCAUCAAGUGGCUCCAUGGAGGCAAGCUUCUCCCUGACUCUGCUGUAUUCAACCAGACCACCAAGGGUGACCUCCACAUCCUCACUAUCCACAAGAUAAAGAAGGAACAUGCAGGGACUUACACAUGUCAGGCCAACAGUGGGACAACCACGGUCAAGUGUGACAUCAUUGUACAUGUCACUGAACAGGAGAGACUGGUACCCCCAGACUUCAAGUUGAAGCCGCGAUCCCAGAGAGUGGAGAAAGGAGGGACUGUCAGCCUGAUCAGUGAAGUCUCAGGGGAGCCUAAACCGGCUGUUUCCUGGCUUAAGGAUGGAAUAGAGGUGCUGGAGACUUCUCGUAUCACAUCCAAGCACGUGGGGAAGAACUACAUCCUGGAGAUUCUGGAUGCCGGGGAGGAGGACAGUGGGUCUUAUACUUGUGUGGGCACCAACGCUGCUGGCCAGUACUCCUGCACAGCUACACUACAUGUCUACGGUAUGUAUGUGGACAGUACUCCUGCACAGCUACACUACAUGUCUACGGUAUGUAUGUGGACAGUACUCCUGCACAGCUACACUACAUGUCUACGGUAUGUAUGUGGACAGUACUCCUGCACAGCUACACUACAUGUCUACGGUAACUACACCAUCAAGUGGCUCCAUGGAGGCAAGCUUCUCCCUGACUCUGCUGUAUUUAACCAGACCACCAAGGGUGACCUCCACAUCCUCACUAUCCACAAGAUAAAGAAGGAACAUGCAGGGACUUACACAUGUCAGGCCAACAGUGGGACAACCACGGUCAAGUGUGACAUCAUUGUACAUGUCACUGAACAAGAGAGACUGGUACCCCCAGACUUCAAGUUGAAGCCGCGAUCCCAGAGAGUGGAGAAAGGAGGGACUGUGAGCCUGAUCAGUGAAGUCUCAGGGGAGCCUAAACCGGCUGUUUCCUGGCUUAAGGAUGGAAUAGAGGUGCUGGAGACUUCUCGUAUCACAUCCAAGCACGUGGGGAAGAACUACAUCCUGGAGAUUCUGGACGCUGGGGAGGAGGACAGUGGGUCUUAUACUUGUGUGGGCACCAACGCUGCUGGCCAGUACUCCUGGGACACAGUGUCUGUAUCACAUAACAAUCUAACCUGUUCAGAACCUAUUCCAGGUGACGACGUGAAGUGGCUGUAUAACGGAGAGGAGCUGCAGCCCAGCUCCCAGUACAAACAGACGACGCGCGGCACCACCCACACCCUCACCAUCCACAGGGUCAGUAAACAGCAGGAGGGAACAUACACCUGCGAGGCCAAGGGACCGGCCGGGGUGUCCAAGUGUGACCUGGUCAUCACUGUCCUGCCCAAGAAAAAAGAGAUGAUCCCACCAGAUUUCGUGUCCCAGCCCAAACCAGCGACGGUUGGUGCGGGGGAUUCGGUGGAGUUCUGUUGUCAGAUCACAGGAGAUCCUCAGCCUGAAGUGCACUGGUUAAAGAACGGACAGGAGAUCUUUGACGGCGGGCGAUUCCACAUCCGGACCGUUGGGGAGAGAUACACCCUCCGGUUGGACCGUGUCUCGGUCAACGACACGGGAAAAUUCAUCUGUGUCGCAACAAACCCCAGAGGAAAGUGUGCCUGUGCAGUCUCACUUCACGUAAACAGUUGAUUCUGACACCAUCAGACUUCUAUGAUGCUGCACCACUCAACAACCUUGAAGUUCACAAUUCUUCUGGACAAGGCGAACACUGCAUCAACUUAUGUUACAAAAGAUAAUGUGAUAAAAGAAAAUAACGCACACAAAAUAAUAAUGGCUUAUGGUUCAGAGGCUUCUUUUAUUCUUGGUGACAAAAAAACUUAGCUGCUGCAAACUGAAAUUAGUUGUAGAGUUUUCAAUUGUCAUGAAGAAACUACAUCAGAAUUCUGUAUCUACUUUUUUCUUAGGCUUGGCUUAUGUCUCAGACCUGGCUUCUUGAGGGACUUGGCUUCUUGUGAGACUCUGCUUACUGCGUUCUCUAUCAAAAAUUGACAGUGGCUUAAUUUGGAACAGUAUUUUUCACUAGACUAACUAUUCUGUUGUUGAAAUGUCUACAGGAUGGGCUUUAAUUUGGAAUUAGAUAAAUAGUUAUAAAAAGUACAACUCUGCGUCAUUGUAACCAGCAAAAUACAAAUGCUGAACGCUGCGCCCUUUGCUUUGCAAAACUGAUUGUGUGCUGCACUUAAGUGCUACUCUAACUAGUCAAAGUGUUAGAAAUUUGCUAUCCCUUCCUCUUUCUUUUUAUAAAGUUACGCUUUUGUUUAAAGCAGUUUGUAUCUUAUUGUAAACAAUGCAUAUGACUUUGAUUAAGUGCAAGUGAUUACAAAAAUGAAGUUCAAAUCAACAUAGGGCAAAGACUUGACAAGAAUUUGCAUGCCUCAAUGAUUUAGAUGAUGUGUGCAGAUAGUCGUUUUGUGCCCAACUUGAAUAAUUUUGAAAACUAGCUAAAUUAUUUACUCUGAAUUCAAGCUGCACGCAGUAACUUACUGUUUACUUUUGUCAUUGAAUACUGAAUGCAAUACAAGAAACAUAGCUAGUUUGAAAAGUAAUAUGCAAUAUUUAUCAACAUUUUAUCAUAACUUUGUACAUGAUUUUAAAUAGCAUAUAAUAUGUUACUGUAGAUAAUAGCUUUUUAUUUGGACUUUAUGUAUCUACUGAUGGCACCCUAUGGCAAACCUUGACUGACUGUCAAUUUAGCCAGUAACUUCAAAAAUGAUUGCCAUUUUUAAAGUGGUGCAACUGUCAGAUGUACAAGUUUGCAGUUAAGGUUGGAUUAGAAAAAACUUCACCAUGGCACUUGAUUGCCAUUGCUUGUUUAUUGUAAGGCCUGAAAACAAUGGAGUAAGAAAAAUGUAUUGUUCUUGCCACUGGCAAAUAAAAAAAAAAUCACUU